CGAAAAGUUGACAUCAUGUAGCUUGAAACCGCAAAAUGCAUUCAAAACAGACAAUUUCUUGAGAAACUUUGCACUGUUUAUUUAGCGAAGGAAGACAAUCAAGCGGCCCUGGACCAAGAGAGUUCUGCCGAAAGGAAGCACUUGGGAAACGAACGCCACAUCAAAAAAUUUAUGGUAAAAUUAGUGACUAAUCUUAGUAAGGAUUCUAUAAGCAUGCCGACAAUAUUUCAACCCUAAAAUUUUCGGAAAACUAACUUCUAGCCGAGUGCCAGAAAAACCUCGCAAUUAAGCAUCAUUGAAGUCUGAAAUUUUUCCUAACAUUUCAUUAAUUUUUUUGCUAUUUUAAUCCAUCGGAAGAAAGGCAAAAACGAGUAAAUAUCGGUACCCUUUGUGAAGUGCAUCGAUUCGAUAACACACUAUUUGAUAAUGAUUAAUUUCGCGCACACUAAGGUUUCUGUUGCUUUCCAUUUCAUUUCACUGCGUCGGCGAAGGAAAAAAACAUCACCAAAAGAACAAGCAGCUUUAAGCCGGUUUUUGUGGCGUUAAAAUCCCAAUAAAGCCUAUCAUAAGAAAGCAGUAGUUUUCUUCGGCUCCAUAAGCCACUACCAGCUUUCUUCAACGAGUUAUUUAGAUUAAGAAAAAACCUCUUUGCCAUUUGCUCACUCAAGCUGCCAAACUAAUUUGUUAAACAAAAUCGCUCAAUUUCGAAGAUCUAACACGAAUGGACAGAACGUUAUUAGAUAAAAUGCAAAGCUCGGAGAAGGCGAGACACCGCGGCGCUUUUUCCGCACAAUAAUUAAUAAAUUUUAAAAUUUAUGACUUCGCUUUUUCGUACAGCUUAAUGCAUCACUCUCGAUUUACUUCCACUUUCCAAUUCUUUGGCGGAGCGCUGGGAAAUUAAAUUGCACGUCAAGACUGGCUGGCGCAAGUGCUGUGAGUCACUCAUUAACACGGUACACUUGAAACCCUUUUAAUGAAAAAAAAAAUAGUAUUUGCGACUUUUUCAUGCAGCCAAAUGAUCACAUUUGUAUCCGUCAUAGUCCAACACACCAUAUGAGCACACUUUCAGUUUCUUAGUUUAAAUGGACUUUUUCAAAAACAAAUUGUUUAUUUGAGCUAUUUCACACUCUCCGUUGUCCCCAAUUUUGUUUUUUUCUGAACACAAUUUUCACAAACCGCCCUCUGCUUAGGACACAAUUUCCUGAGUCAAGUGAGCCCAAUUACAGUAUUUAAUCAAAAGAUGAACAUCGCAAUCCCUUUUAAGCUCGAGGAGCGUGGGAUGAGAAAGUUUGCUCAAUCUGAAAACAUUUCGCACAAGGACGGGGGAGACACUCAGAAUCCUGGCUCGUAAAAGCCAUCUCAUAUGGUUAAUUUGCCUCAUGUUGCGCUGCAAAUGGGGCGAUUAAGAGCUCCUGGUUGGAGUCGCGAGGCAACAAAUUGGUCGUAUUAAAAUUUAGAGAAUUGCCCAUCGCCGACGUCAUUUCUUCCACGAUUUGCAGUAGCAUUUCAUUUCACCAAGUCUAUUUCUCUUUUUCUUUUCUUCAGGAUUUCUCUUUUCUCCUUUACACACGCAACAUAGUCAUGUGCAAAAUUAAAUCCUCACAAGAACACUCUGGGAUACCAAAGUCUUAAAAUUUCAGAUCAGCUCUGUCCGGGGCCAGCUAAUUUCGUCGGCAAUAACCUUAGUUGCCUCGCGUUAUUAGACCUAUUGCGGUGAAACAAAGUUUCAAUUAGCAGAGGCUAUUCAACAGCAUGCGGCUCAGUUCAAUUAUAUUUCCAAAGCAUUAUUGGAGCGGUGCGACGAAAGGGACAUUGAAGCAUAAAAUAUUAAAAAGUCUCUAUGGAUAAAUUGUCAAGGGAAAAAAAUACAUUUAUAAAUGUAUGUGCAUACUGAUAUAUACAUAUAUAUUUAUAUAUAUAUAUAUAUAUAUAUGAGUCACUGCUUGCCCAUAUAAACUACAUGAGAGGCUGGACGAAAGAAAUGCUGUGUCAAUUUGUAAAACGGGUUAAAAAAAAUAAACGCUUUCUUUUGGUAGCAUUCAUGUAACUGUGUUUUUAAAAAAUACAAAAAAAAAUGAAAACAUAAUUUUCCAUUGGAGUUUAUUAGAAUCGAAAUUUUGCAAAACGCACAAAAUCCGCUUAAAAGAAAUAUUGAUAUUUUAAUAACUUUCUUGGCCUAAUGAACGACCCAAAACAAAAGCGAAAUACCGCAGAAUUGAACUGCACAAUGACACGGCUGAACGAAGAGAUUCUAAGCCGGUCGGUGCGUUUUCAAGAACGAACUCGUCGUUUUUUUUCGGAUUAUUUAAUUAGCAUUGCAAUAAAAAACGCACAAAGAGGGCUGAUAAAUGAGAGCUUUCCUAGCUCCGCCUCGGCAGGUUUUAAUAUUUCGCGCUCGGCCCCUUUGUUCAACAGCGGCUCGCUUUCAACUGGUUAAGUGAGCCAGUAGAUCGACGUAGAGCUGAGCUGCAACUAAUGGACACAUUUGCUCAGCCAAUUUAGCUUAGCCAGCCGAAUGAGGGCGUCAGAGACACUUUGUUUUCUGGGAAAAGUUAAGUUAAUCCACCAGGCCAGACCAUUAAUGAUUUUUUAAUUAUUUUUUGACAGAUUAAAUGAUUGAUAGACAGGGGCGGUCUCUGUGGCGGUCAGUUCGGACCGGCGCGUAAAGAACAAUAACAAAAAGCACACGAGUAAUAUUCAACUGUGCUCAUAAACAACAGCUACCCCCAAAGGAAUCACCUCCUUUAGAGGUCCUGCGGUCGGGAAACAGUUUAAUAACUUGCUAAGCAGCCGUGUCGUUCGCGACAAUGUUCAAGGGACAUCCGCGCUGAUUUCGCUUGAAUUUAACUGGAGUUUUUAGGAUUUUAGCCUGGACUAGCGAUGAAAAUUUCUACGCCGAUCGCUUGGUGGCUGAUGGUGUUCUUUCACGCGUGGCCGACUGUCACACUCGCACUUGAGAAAGCUCUUGUGGAAGUUGUGAUCUACGAACACUCGUCCGGAGGAGAUUACACGACACACACAUAUGAACUCGAGGGCACGUUUUCACACGCUGGAGCUGCUACAAGCGCUGAAGGCGAUAUACUUCAGGUGAGUGUUUCUCUUGCGUUUUACUACUGAAUUACUCCGCACAGAUCUUCGCGAAACACCGAUCAAAUUCGAACGAAUUUCUACCGCGAUCAGGCUCUUUUAGGCUCUCAGUUCUAUUAGCGCCUUUGCGAAUAUCUUCUUUAGUAUCUCACGAGUUAAAGGCUCUGUAAUCUAUUGUUUUUAUUUAAUAAAAAACACGAGAAUCUACGCGCAGGAGUCUUGCGUUGUGGACGUGACUGUCCUUCGCUACGGCCUGCAAUCAAUUACCUUGUAGUUUUCAAAUCGGAUUGUGUUGGUUUCCGUCAUACAAGCGGCGGAAUGUUUUGGGUUGGCGUAUAUACGCUCGGGGAUUUAUUCAGGCUGUAGUGUAUCGUUUGCUGAGAUUGAACAGCUUUAAGUAUUCCUCUUAAACACGCCAGUGUUUCUAAAGGAAGGGGUCGAUAGGUCACUGGUGUGUGUACUCUCGGUAAGAUUUGUCAGAAACAGCGUUUAUUUGCAUGCCGGAAAUACGGAGCCUUUCGAGCUCAAGAGCGCGUUUGAUUCUAGAGACAACACUAAGGAAUGGCAGUAAUUUUCACCUUGAUUGACUUCCUUUGCCGUUUCCAAAACACUCGCGGUCGCACAAGCACCUCAUCAUCUAAUUCCUUCAACAAUAAGUGGGUUAGCUAAUAACGGCAGCGAGAUUCUUUUCAUUCACACGAGUCCGUUUUAAUCUCAAAUCGAUAUACCGUCUGUACUUAUAGCUUUGUGAUAUUACGACCAAAGCCUAUCGAAGCACUUGACCCGCGUGUGUUUAAAGUCGGCCUCGGUCUAGAGCACAUUUAUUAUCGUGUUCAGUUCGAGUUUAUGACUAUUCCGAGUUGACAGAUACGAUCUGGGAUAUCCAAAGAAUCGUGUGCUCGAUUGAGAUAAAGUCUCCUUGCUUACACAACAGACAACUCCAGGGAUUACUGGUCUUUUACUAAUGUUUAUAGAGGAAAUCAAUCUUUGGAAUUAUCGGAUGCUUAGAAACGCUGCCGCUAUUGCAUUUCCCUGAAACAUAAAAUUGAAGGAAUCUACGGACACGAUCGUUCACCCAAACUAUAGCUGUAGAAAUUUCUCUCUUAGCGCUUUGUGGAGUUUUACUGUAAGGCGCAUUCCGCAUCUUCACCAAGUGAUGAUUAGAUUUUGUUAUAUGCUCGUGGAACAAAAGGGGGGCUUUACGCUAAACCACAAAGAGCAAAAACGUGACAGAAAAUGUGGCCUUCACGUCAUUAAAGCAAACGAAAGCGGCGUCGAGUAACUGCGACUUCCCUCCGUCACACCAAGAAUAUAAUAAGUUAGGUCCGCUCUGUGUUUAUUCACCGAGGGCCUGCAAGCACAAUGCUUACAAUUACAAUUCAGGCCUUACACAAAGCUGUUAUUGCCGCUAGCUCAAGAUAAUUAAAGGAGCAAGAAGACCUUGAAUUAAAUCUUGGACAAUACAAUCAUUUAGCGUUUAUAUCGCUAUUGUUGAGGCGGUGUUUCUAUAGGAAGCCCGUCAGAGUUUGAUGACCUUUUUAUUUUCCAUUUCUGAGGUCCUUAAACUGCAUUCUAGAAUUGGUUGAGCAUCGAGUCGAACACUCGCUAAAAGAGAAUCGAACUCGAUGCGGUAAAUGAUGUAUUUCGCUUCUCAGACGCACACGAGUUUGUGGCUUAUCGCUUUAAUAAAACUGACGUCAAUUAAGCGUUAGUACGAAAGUAUCUUUCCGUGUGACUGUCAUUCGAACGAUGUACUGCGGGCCAAAAUUUAGAUCUGCAAGAGUCCAGGGAAAUCACAUUUUCAUAAUAACCUUUUGUUAUUGUGAAUUCAUUAUUAUUGUUUAUCGAACAAAACUUAUUAAGUAUAACUCUUUUGGUCAUCUCUUUUUAAUGAAAAACGAGUCGGUUCUUUUUUCCUCUUUCUCUUUUUCAUUUCAGCUCCAAAGAGAUGUCAUUUUGAGGAGAAAUUUCUUUACAUCUUUACGGCUUUGUUUUUUCGGUUUCGCCUUCAGUCAAGUCAUAGAAUGUUUUAAGCGAUAAAACACGUGGCUUUGUGAAGUAAUGUGACCAACAAAUUAUAGCGGCACUGUCGCGUUCCGCUCUAUUUAAAACAACGCUAAAUCGCCCCUGUACUAUGUCCGCUUCGGAACCGCUCUUUCUGUGGCUGCGAUAAUCGCGUCGCCACAAAUCAUUUCCGCGUACAAAUGUCCAUUACUUCGGCAAGCCAGGAACAUCUUUUUUCUUAAGCUUUAUCUCCAGACCAAACUUUGUGGGGAAGCGGGACUGAUUACCCAGGCUAAUUACACUAAUGGCUUUUCCAGAGCACUUUGGAAAGACUCGUCAGCAAUCACGAUUUCGGUAUCGCGACGUUGUCCUCUAAGAAGAUUAACGCAAUCACUUCGAGUGAUGUCAUGAUAGCAUCGAAAACAAUAACACUGCUUAUCAGCACCGCGAACAACAACGCGUAUCAUGCAAGGCCUUUUGUCUGAAGAGUAGUUAUUAAAAAGUUGUUUUUCUUCGCUUCCAGGGAAGGAAAUUUAAGAUUUUUCAUCGCCGAGUAUCACAGCUGGACUGAGAGCCUUGCUAAAAUUCUUAGAAAGAUUGAAAUGCUUGGUAUACAUUUAGAGAAAGACCUCUUCAAAUAAUUGCAGGGAUAUCGAUAUAAUUACUCGUAGGGGCUUUAUUUUGAAAACAAUCUUUCAAGAAAGGAUUUUGUUCAAGUACCCGUGAAAUAACCACUUGCGAUCUGCCGGCAGGGCGAAAAUGUAACACCGGUCACCACGUUUCUUUGGGAAACUUAAAAAAAAUGCCGUAAUUCGUAAUAGCCACUUUUGCAGUUCAAUUACUCCCAGCGGACGAGCAAUUGUCUGGCUUUAACUUCGGAACAUUUGUGGCCCCUCCUGACCAAAUUAAAAUUGACCUUAGAAUUGAACGAAAGUGCGAAGCGGCUGAUUCGCCCCACUGAGUUUGUAAUUAAACCUGCGGUUUUAUAGUUUCCACUGAUUGAAAUAAAAUCCACGUCGAGAACGCAAAUUUUGAUUAGGCUCGUCCUUUGGUGUUUUGUAAUUUGAGCCGUUUUGAGAGAGCGGCUUGUUUUUUUUUGUUCUCUCCGUUAAAAUCUUUAUUAAGUUCUUAUGGCGUGUUGUGUAAACAUUGUUUCUUAUAUGUUUGUGUAACCGAGGACCUUGAUUUAUUGCGAUUGUCAUUCAUAUGAUUCUCGUUUUUUCUUCCCUCAAAAUUAUUGUUGUCUACGAGUUUCGCUCUCAGCUUGUCCUCUGCUCCAUUGUUUCUAGGUUAAAAACUUUUGAACAGAUAAUUAAAAAUGCGAAGGUCUCUGCGGCAUCAUACCUAUCGAAAAAAAAAAUUAAUUUGAAAACCUCUUCUAAAUUCGGUUCGCCCAUUGAUAACUGUGGACCUUUACAAUUUUGCGGUACUUGUGUGUGAGGUAGUAAGGAUGUUUACGCCUAAAUUGAAAAUGAAAGUUUCCGAUCAACCCCUUUUUGAUGAAGUUUCGGCCUUGAUUAAAACUUUAACACGGUUUUUCAAUUCUUUGCCUUUUGAGACACCAAAUUAGUUUUGCGGUAAAACAAGCCUCAGUUAAUUGGAAUUUCGUUCUUUUAAUAACAGGGGUUUUUCAUUUAACGAGAGCUUGCGAAAACCUUUUGUUUCUAGCACCGUAAACAUUUAUUCAGUUUCAAGACAGAAAUAAAAACUGAGACUUAGAGCAAACUAGAAAAUGAUUAUUUGCAAGUACUGUGUCCCGUUGAGAAUUUUGGGGAAAAUCAACAUUAUAAAAACAAGUUUAAUUGAAAAAAGCAAAAAAGAGAGAUAUUUAAUAAUUUUGGUACCAAUCUUUGCAAUAUUCCAGGAAGUUUUCUGUUAUUUUUCAAUUCAGAGGGAGAAAAUUUAAUUCAGAGAGUUUCCUCAACGAGACAAUCUGUGUUGUGAGGCAAUAUUUAUUUGCAAUAAAGGGGUAUCAUUGAAUUACAUAUUUCAUUCAGUGCUUUUUGACAUGAAAUGAAUAGAAACAUCUUACUUUUUGAUGAGUUCUUUUUGGAAUGAUUUCUUAAAAAACUGUUCAUUUUGUGUUUUUUAAGACAUUGGGAUUCAUGUUAAGCAUCAAAAUUUUGGAGGAAACUAUUAAUUUUUUUUAGCACAGAUCAGGAAAUCCAUUAACCUUAUACAUAUUGAUGAUUUAAAGAGUGAAUAAAGAAGACAAUUUCUGUGCUUUUACACUUUGUUGAAAAUGGUGUGGGCCUUCACAGGUACAGAUCAAACUUUUAACGCAAGAAAAUCUCACUGAUGCAUGAAGUGAAUAAAAUUUGAAUGUGACAUUUCCAUCACAAGUAACAAACUUGUUUUCCAACAUAAUUUUAACAUUACAUAUGGCAAGCAAUGAAAUUUAAAACAUUUUUGUUCCAUUAUUCUUAUCCAACAGAUUCACCCACUUGGGUUGUGCAAUACAUCAGAUGAUGGCGAUUUAUAUGAAUAUGGUUGGGUUGGUGUGGUCAAACUCAUGCCGCCAGAUGAUCUUAAUAAACCUUGCUUUACUCUACUUGAAAAGGUAAUUCUCUUUUGCCAUACCCUCAAUCAAUCCAUCACAAGUUUUGACAAGGUCUUUUGAUUCCCAACCAUGCCUCAAAUUUAUCUGAACUUGGAUGGAAUAGGCAGUUAACUUUUUUCCUGAGGCAACCUCUUUAACUUUGUUUCCAAAAAAGAAGUCUCCCCCCUCCCCAGAUUUCUGAGACAAAACCCAUCAAACUACCAUUAAAUCUUGUAAGAGCCUGACAUUGUUUAAGACCACAUUGUUACAGUUCUUCUUUGAAAUGGAUAGACUGGAACACCUUGCAUUCCAAUCCCAUGUGGUAACGUUGUAUGGAAACACCUUCAAAUUCUCAUGAAUAACUUAUUUUUAAUUGCACUAGCUGAGUCAUUUAUUUACCCUAAUCACUCUUUGGAUAAACAGCCAUGUUUUCCUAAGCUGCACAAAGAGUGCAAUCAAUUCCAAAUUAGUCCUUACAACUGGAAGAUAAAAAUGUAAUUAAGGGUGUGUCUGAAAAAUGUUUGCAAAUCCAAGUUUUUUCUACUCUUGCGCUGAAAAUGUGGGUGUGAGCAUGAUAGUUCUUCUCCAGUAUCACAUUUCCUGCAGGAAGACUAUUAUCCUAGUUAAUGGCAAAAACAUCAUGGACAAAUUACAGGAUUAUGUAAACCAUAUGUGUACCCAAAACAAUAUGAAGUGUAAAUGUGUCUAGUUGAAAACAUUCCUUGCUCCUCCCACUAAUAUUACACACUUAAGUUGUUUUCCUGUUGUAAGACUUUGAAAAAGAAGGUUUAUAUUUGGGCUGUACUAGGUAAACAAUUACAAGUCAGGUCCAGAACGUUGCACAAAUAUACCUUAAGUAACAAAAAUGAAGGAAGCGUUAAUUUGAUAAGCUGCCUGUGGGGUUUUUCAUGGGAACAAAGUACAUUUAAUGAUUUGAAAUAAAAUGUAGAGACUACCAUACCAAAGUGCACACAAUUUAUUUUUUAAUUGCUUACUUAAGUGUCUGAAUUAUUUGCUUUUUAGGUCAAGAGAGCUUUACAACGAGGAGCAACAGCCAUAAUUUUUGACAUUACAGACCAUCCAGAGGCAGCCAAAGAGGUAUGGACACAGAUGAUAUCCUUCCUCUACAAUAAUCUAUAAACCAUUUUCCCCUUAACAAUAAAGACCUCAGGAUCAAUAGUCUCCUAUCUAAAGCAAAAAAUAUCAAACAAACAUCUUGCUUAGACAGCAAAGAGGGCAAACUCCUUGGACAAAAAAACACAUCAACAGCUGUUCAAGUUGUUAACCUUGUGAUACACCCAGCCUUGCCGAGUAAUUAAAGAUGGGAUUGGCUCCAGUUUCCAGACAGAUUUGUUUUCUAGCAAGUAAAUUAGUUGUCAUAAUUGCUUUUUGGUCUGUCAUGUGAAUCAGUCUAAAAAAAGUCACACAAAUCAUACAUUUUAUGAUUACAUCCAGUGAGUUGAAAAAAUGAUUGCCUUCAUUUGUAAAAAGACACCUCAGAAAGUUCAUCUUAUCUAGUAGAUAGUACUCAUCCAACUUCAUUAAUCUGUGUUCCAUAUGCGUUGACCAGACUUUGUUACUUUGUCCUAACAUGUUAUAGUUGCAUUUUAGGACAUUAUUAUCUUUAAUCAUUUUAUAACAUUGAUAUUUUUCAAUAUCUGCAUUUUAUUCAUCCUGUUUUUAAAAAACUUGGCAUAGUCCCUCCUUCAACAUAAAAACAAUCAGCUCUUAGAGAUUCAUAUCAGUAGGAAACAUAAGUGUUAUAAUCAUGUUUUUAAAAAUGUUGAUUUAGAAAUAGAAGAAUCUGGAUGUUGUUUUUAUUCUCAGCAAAACAAUAUGGCCAAAAUAAAUAAUCGUCCCUUUUUUCACGGUGAAGCCACUUCAUGUAGGUAAAGCUAGUCUUAAUAGUGGAGACUUCCCAUAAUCUACAUCCAAAGUGACUAGAAUACAUCUUACGACACACUUAACAUUUUAACCCCCAAGAGUGACCAGCAUCUAGUUUCUCCAUACAAUAUUAGUCACAAAUCAAACAUUAACAUUAUGAGAUUAGAGGAAAUGAUCACCAACUAAAGUAGUUCUUGAUUGUGAAACAAAUUCUCCUUGUCAGCACCUCAGAAAAUGUAUAGAGAACAUUUUGGAGAAUAUAGAUGUUUGUUUUUUGUGUGUUGAAGGCUAAUUAUGAACCAUAGGUUUUUAACCAUCUUUAGGGAUUAGAUAAUUUGCCUGGGAUAUCUUCUUAACCCUUUAGUUUAUUAGAAUCAGUUUAAAAUAUAGUUUUAAUUAUUAACCAUGUUAUUUGAUUCUUCGAAUUAGUUGAAUGCUGCAGAGGACAAGGUUGAUCGACCUGUGGUGCUCAUUGAUGGAAAAGAUGCCAAGAAGUUAAUGAAUAUAGUGAAAAAGUAAGAACCCCUUUCUUCAUAUUGAACUUAAUAUGAAUGAGUUCUCUUAAGUUUAUAGUUGUUUACCUGAAAUGUUUGUUUUAUUUUUUUCAUAACAGUCAACGAGUACCCAGAGCAAGAAUUCAAUACAGCGCUGCUGGAUACACACCUCAGGUAGGAGUUGUUAAUAAUUAAAUUCACAAUUGAACUCACUUUCAUUUGAAAUAAAUCUCAGAUAAGUGUACAGGAAAUUGCACAAAUUUUAUAGUUACAAUUGUUAAUGGGCUCUCAUUUCUGAAAAUCACAAAAUGUACCACUCAGUAACUUAUUGUUCAUAAGUUGAUAUCUUUUACUAUUGCUUUUCAGAGAGCAUCAAAUGAAUACUUUGACAUGGUUAUUUUUAUGACAUUUUUCAUUUUGGUUUCCAUUGUAUGCUUCAUCUUACUGUUAAAGGUAAGACUAGAUUUUUACUAUCUGUUGUGAAAAUAAAUAACAAAUACCACUGAACUUCUAGAAGGAUAAUCACCUUUCGACAGCAACCAUCUCACUGCAAUAGCUGAGCUACUCUAGGGUUUAAAUCCCCCCCCCCCUGAGAUGCCAAUUGAGAUUUCACAUUUUUGUUUCAAUCACUGAAUUGACAAUUUAGUCAUCAAAAAUUCUGAUCCUUUUUUUUUUACUCCUUAGCAAAAGAACAAAAUGUAAAGUUGACUAUGUUCCUUUGCCAAAAACAUAUUCCUCCUUGCAGAGAGUUAUCAGUUGAGCAUAUACCAUGCCAACAAAGCAGAAUGCUAGUUUGUUAGCAACAAGCUAGUCAUGGUUUUGUAGUCUGUACUCUAUGUAUCAAUAUACUAUGCUCUUACUGAAUACUUCCCUGUAAAAUUCCCCCUCUCUGUCAAUAUUCUGUAAUUGUUACUUCCAAAAAAAAAUUAUUUUUGAAGAGAAGUCCAAAUUUUAUGUGGAUUGUAAUAUUUCUGAAUGUAAAUUAUCCCUAACUGAUGCUGUCAUGUAAUUCUUGUACCAAAUCACUUCUUUGAAAUUUUCUUCUUUAUUUUUUAGAUCAAAUGGAGACAAAAACAAAAAGAGGUAGGCACCAUAGAUUCUAAAGUCCCUUCCAUUUUAUUUUACUGUCAGAGAGUGAAUGUAUCUUUUAUCAUGUCAGUAACACGUUAUUAUUACAUUUGAUUGGCUAAAUAGGAGCACUGAGUACUACUUCUGCCUUGUUCAGCCAUACUUAUUAAAUAAUCCAGAUCUCUCCUCUCAUCAAGUAUUUGUUUUUUUUUCUGUCUGAAACACAGUCCUCUCUAACAAGAAUGGCACUGCAUGCUUUAUCAAGAAUGGAAACUAGAAAAUAUCAUAGUGGUUCUUCAGAUUCGUUGAGCACAAGAGAAGAAAAUGGCAACACAAGUGACACUGAGAGCACACUAUCAGUACACUCUGAAGGACGUAACUCCAAGUGUGUCAUAUGUUUAGAAAAAUUUAAAGAAGGCCAGGUAAUUGCUUCCUUUCUUUUACCAACUGGGUUGAUCACAGUAAAUCAAGUCUGUUCCUGGUAUUGUCUGAGUCUGUAGCACACAUAGGCAAUCCCCAAGAAAGAAAAUAACCCUCAAUGAGAUGGAACCACAAAGUUGCAACCACAUUUGCAACUUGUAAGGGAAAACCUGUCUACCAAUUCCACCAUGGCACAUUUAAUGACAAGAUGAUUUUAAUCUCAAUUUCAAAAACAGUUAAGUUAAAAGAUGAAUUAUGGUAGGUAAGAGAAACCGCCAAAGGCAUGGGAAAGCUUUCACCAUUGUUUCUUUGAUCCGAGAACUGUAGGCAUAAUUAAGCACGAGGUUGUACGGAAGUCUUGCCGAAAAUUUUACUAAAAAAAAGACAUUUAAUAACAUCGUGAAUUCCCUUUGGUUCCAUAAUCACUACAACUGUCCAUUUAUUACCUAGAAAUUUAUAAAAUAAAAGUUAUUCCCAUUCUAACUUUCUCCCAUAUCUUUUCCAGGACGUUAGAAUCGUUCCUUGCCGACAUGAGUUUCACAAAGAUUGCGUUGAUCCAUGGUUAUUAUCGAAUUAUACAUGCCCCUUGUGCAUGCUUAAUAUAGUAGGUAAGGAGGAACUUAUUUGUAUUAACUUUGUCACCGUAACUGGAAGGUAAAAACUAAUUAAGGGUUUUAUCCUUACCUACAUUUCUGGAAAGAAAGUGUGCCGUGUUGACCGCCAUCUUUGAAUUUUAUGGUAAAGAAAGCUAUUUCCUCAUUGGAUAAUUCUAAUCCAAUGCGCACCAUUGUUUUACUGAAGGUAACUAGUUUCAAAAUAUGGCGGAAGUUUUGGCCAGGGCCAAACUGUUGCCCCGAAGUCCUUGAUAACUGCUCAAGAAAUUAAAGUCCCGUAUCUACUCAAAUAGGAGCAAUUUCCCAAAUGACGAUGAAAUGGUUCUGUGGUUUGUUUUGUCUGCCCCCUUCCUACAAUAUGUUUUAAAAAUAUGAAAUAAAGCACUGAUACUGAUGCUUCUUCUCGCCAGAGAGGGAAGGGACAUCAAAUAAACCAAGAAGAGCACGUCAUUGGUUUGCAAGACGUUGCGGGAGAUGUCUUUCUAGCUCGGAUAGCAUACGUUCUUCUAUGACAAGUAUUGCGCAAUACAUUCCAGAAACUGAAACACACAGCUCAACGCAAAAUCUCUCUUACUCCACCAAUAACGAGGAAAGUAAUAUUCCGUCAUCAACUGUAGUGAGCUUAUCUUCUUCGCAAGAACAUUUAAAUAGUGAUAAUAUUCCUUUACAAGAACUGAAAAUGAACUGUGAAAAUCACUCUUCGUCACUGUCUCUAAGAAGUUCGAGCUCGCAAGGUUACAUGUCACCAUAUGAAGAGAGAAAAACUUAUACACAUCAAGUCGUGGUAGUGGCCCCAAUUACAGGUAAGUUUUGGUUUAUUUUGCGAUUAUCUUACUGAAGACGCUAGCGUUUAUAACUCAGUUCCACAAAGUUAUUAUUUUCAUCCCAGACAAAUGAUGUUUCAAACACCAUUCAGUCGAUUAGCGUUCAGUUAACGUGAAAAAAAGAAAGAGUUAACGUUUAAAAUCAAAGUUCCUUACAGGUUGGGCUUAGCCCUUCAUCACUGGAAAAUCCAUUUCGUUGUUUUCGCUUUCAUGCUUUUAAGUUUUUUAUGGAUUUGGGUCAAACAAUCAAAGUGAUAAGUUACGGUCAUACAGUCCUUCUCUCUCAGCUUGGUACGUCGGGUGAGUCAGAAACAAUCAGGUAAUAUACUUACCAAUUUGGAACGUGCACUCUAAAUCUUGCAUAAAACCUGCAGAAAAGGACCCUGAAAAAAAACAAGAGGCCAUAACUUGGAAGUACCUUGUAGCGGGGAAUGGAUUACCCAUAUUCGAACAAAGUCCUGUCGUGUAGAUGUUAGCUGUUUGAUCAUUAAUUCCUAAAAUGUCUGUUCCACAUUUAACACGCUUUUUUCAUAUCUACUUUUAUCCCCAGCUGACAUGUUAGAUGUGUCACAAGAAGACAUAGUUUGACGC